CCUAAACCGAAGGACAUUUUAGUCAUUGGACUUUUGGUGGCCUAAUUAAACGGAUUCCCUCCCGCAGGUCAUUUCUCACUUGGAGGGAUUGACAUUGACGAUGGAGGAUGUUAUCAUGAUGAUGCCGCAGCAUUACGUCUUCCACAAUCUCAAAGAGCUGGGUUUGGCAUGCUACCAUGAUGAAAAUGUCGCUUUUCCUUCCAACUUCCUUCUCCACAGAUUCCCCAAUCUAGAAUCGCUUAAUGUGAUAUGUAGUUCCUUUGAGGAGAUAUUUCCAGAAGAUUUGUCUGGACAUGGGGGAGCGACUCCCUAUGGAGAACUAACUGACAUGGAAAAACCUCUCCAGGCACUGCGAAAUCUUAGGCAACUAGACUUGUAUAAGCUGCGCAACCUGAAGCAAGUUUGGAAAGAUGGUUCCUUGAUGGCUGAAAUUCUCAAACAGAUUGAAGUUCUGUGGGUUAAGGAGUGCCCGAGUUUAUCGAUCAUACUUCCAUCCCCGACUUCAUUCCAAAGAUUGACGAGUUUGGAAAUACGCGAUUGCGUUGGUUUAGUUCAUUUGGGGACUUGCUCAACAGUGACAAGUCUGGCGCACCUUACUCGGCUAAUACUAAUAAAUUGUGGUGCGAUGGAAGACGUGGUGACAGAUGAUGGAAAUGGAGUGGAGGAGAUCUCUUUCCCCAUGCUGCAAUGGUUGACACUUGAUGGUUUACCAAGCCUUGAGAGCUUCUCCACCACUAAUUGCACCUUCAAAUUCCCAUCGCUGUGGAGUCCCGUCGUCAUGAAGUGCCCCAAGAUGAAUAUAUUCUGCAAGGGUGCCUUGAGGACACCGAACCUAGAUAAAGUACUCCUCUCCUACGUGGGUGAUGAAUGGCGUUGGGAGGGCGACCUUAAUACCACCAUUCGAACCUUAUCGGCUUGAAAUGAUGCACUCCGAAUUUAGCAAGACAGGUGUCAUGCUCGCUGCGAUCGAAGUGGCUACUUUCAUUUGCUAGAAAGUGUCUCCCGUUGUAGGAUGUUGAAGCAAGCUUUUUGCAACGUGUGCACUAAUAAUGUUCUAGUGCACAGUGUUGAUGCCUCUUGACAUGGUGUCUUAGUGCUGACAUUGGUAUUCACAAUAGGUGCUUCAUUGAAUUUAUCAUUCUUUUGCUAGCUUGGGAUGUCUUCUCUAUGUCAUUUCCUUGAUGAUGGUACCGGUGUAGCAGAAUGGUUGAGCAAAUAAUCAAUUGA